CCUGUACUGUCAGUAUCGCGUCAUCGUGUUUUUUUUAAAAAUACGAAAUGAAUUUAAAAAUCCAAAAUAAAUUCUCCCUAUAAUAUAUAUAAUAAACGCGAUCGGAUAGUGGGAUAGGAGUUAUUUUAUCGAGGCGCUCGGCCGAGGUCACGUGCUGGCGGGCAGCGGGCGGUGUGAGUGAGCAGGCGUGGAGAGGGGCUGGGCGCUGAGUUUGUUUGGGACCAGGGAGGCAGAUUGGGCCCGGAGCCGGUAUCAUGCUCGGGCUCGGACAGUGCCCCAAGGCCCGGCUCUCCGGCUAUGUGGAGGAUUAUCUGGAGAGUGUGGAGGCGCUGCCUCUGGAACUGCAGCGGAAUGUGUCCCGGCUAAGGGAGAUCGACACGCAGUACCGAGAAGUUUUGAAGGAACUCGAUGAUGCUUAUGAAAAGUAUAAGCAGGAAACAGACAUUACUCAAAGGAAGCGACUGCUGCAUCAUCUCCAGCGAGCACUAAUUAACAGCCAAGAGCUGGGAGACGAGAAAAUUCAGAUUGUUUCACACAUGAGUGAGCAGGUGGAGAAUUGUGCAAGGGAGAUGGAUAGUCACUCAGAAUGUUUUGAGGACCCAACCGAACAUGAGAAGUCUAUUGAGAAAGUCAAAAUGGAGGUGUCUCAAACAGAAAGGCCUUCCAGAAGGCUGCGUAGACCGAAAAAUGGUGAAAAUCGUGAAUUGUGCCAUAUUGGUAAUGAAACUGAAGAGGGAGAGGAGCCCCCUAAAGAGAAAAAAUCAAAAUCUGCAAAAAAGAAGCGCUCGAAAGCUAGACCAGAAAGGGAAGUCUCUCCUAUUGACUUUCCAAUCGAUCCUAAUGAACCCACUUACUGCCUCUGCAACCAGGUGUCUUAUGGUGAAAUGAUAGGUUGUGAUAAUGAUGAAUGUCCAAUCGAGUGGUUUCAUUUUUCUUGUGUAGGAUUAACGUACAAGCCAAAAGGUAAAUGGUUUUGUCCAAAAUGCAGAGGUGAUACAGAAAAGACAAUGGACAAAUGCAUUGAAAAAUCAAAAAAAGAUAGAAAGUCAAGGUAGUGCCUACCAGAAAUUUUAAGUUUUUCAUUACUUCUGUCAUCAUGUAUAAGAAUAUUAGCUUAAAUUGUAUGUGUAACUAUGCAAUAAUUUUUACUAUUAAACAUUGCUGAAGUAUGA